AUGUCUGGCUGGCAGCCCCGUUCUGUCGCCGGCCCUGCUGCGCCAGCCAAGAGCCCGCUCGAGCUGUCGAGCGACGACGACGAGACGCCGCCCGACGUUCCUCCACCCGAGUUCUUCAUCGCCGCCCGCGCACUCGCCCCGACCUCGACCAGGCGCGACGCGCUCAGGGCGUGGGACGAGACGCGUCAGGACGGCGCACCAAGUGCGGGCGAGGCCGUGCUCGCGAGCGCGAGCGCCCAAGCUGCCCUCGGAGCCCUCAUCGACCUCAUCGACCCGCCUGCCGCCGCAUCCGCCUCGACCGCCGCCAACGCGACGAUGGCCCGCAAGCGGGCCGCCUCGCCCUCGCUCCGCCUCGCCCACUCGUCGCCCGACACGCCGCCCCAGCCAAAGCGCGCCCGCACCGGCACGCCCGGCCACCAGCUCGACCUCAACGGCGAGGGCAAGGGCAAGGGCAAGGGCAAGGCCGUCUACGUCCUCGACUCGGACGACGAGCCGGACCAGGUCGUCGUCGACGACUCGCUCGAGGUCGUCUCGCCGCUGCCCGCUCGCCGUCUCGCCGACAAGGGCAAAGGCCGCGCCCACGACUACCGCGAGCUCCUCGUCCUCGACAGCGACGACGAGGACGCCGACCCGGGCUCGCUCGCCGAGCAGCCGCCCUCGCCGCUCGCGACCGUACUCGCCGUCCUCCCCGAUGUCGACCCCGGCUACGUCUCGGAGCUCCUCGAUGCUCCCGAGCACGCGGCGGGCGGCGCGGCGAGCGUCGUCGAGCUGCUCCUCGGCAUGAAGACGUACCCGCGCGUCGACGACGGCGGCGAGGGCGACGGCGAGGGCGCGCGCCAGGACAAGGGCAAGGGCAAGGAGAAGGAGGUCGACUGGCUCGAUGUCGACGCGAGGAAAAACAGCGGCGAGCAGCCGACGCCCCUGUACAAGAAGAUCGCCCUCGACCAGCUCUAUACCGACUUUGACCGCCUCCCGUCGACCGUCAUCAAGCAGUCGUUCGUCUCGGCGCCGCACGCGUGCUUCUUCGCGCCGACCUGGACGACGCUCCGCCGCAAGCUCACGGCCGGCGAGUACGACAACCAGAAGCUCAAGAAGGCGCGCAAGCCGCCCAAGCCUGUCGUGAGGAUCGUGCGGCGCGAGCGCGACGGCGAGGAGUGGGACGAGGAGGAGGUCGAGGGUCCGCCGCCGGAGCUCAAGCGCGAGAUGGACUGGCUCGUCAACAAGAUCGUGACCGACCGUGCCGCUCGCCGGGCGGCCGACGAGGAGGAGCGUGCCGCCGACCGCGAGCGCAAGCGGGCCGAGCGGCUCAACGAGAAGGCGCGCGAGGCCGGCACGGCCAUCGAGUGCGGCUGCUGCUACGACGAGGUCGCCGUCGAGAACACGGCGUCGUGCGUCGAAGGCCACCUGUUCUGCAAGAGCUGUGCGCUCGCCAACGCGAGCGACCGCAUCGGGCGCCGCCAAGCUGUGCUUCCCUGUAUGACGGCCGACUGCUCAGCUCGCUUCGACCCCAAGUCGUACCCGUCGUUCCUUGCGCCCAAGAUGGUCGACUCGCUCGCGGCACUCGCUCAGCAGAAGGACCUCGACGAGGCGUUCGACGGCGUCGAGGGCUUCGAGAAGUGCCCGUUCUGCCCGUUCGCCUGCCUCAUCGAGAACCCGGACGAGCGUCUCUUCCGGUGCGAGAGGCCCGAGUGCCGCAAGGUGUCCUGCCGCAAGUGUCGCAAGGAGGGCCAUGUUCCGCUCUCGUGCGAGGAGGCCGACGAGGAGAGCCGCCUCCCCGGAGUUCAUGCCGUCGCGGAGGCGAUGUCGGCCGCGCUCAUCCGGCCAUGCCCAAAGUGCACCGUGCCGUGCCUCAAGUCGGACGGGUGCAACAAGAUGGUCUGCAGCCAGUGCGGCGCCUACUGGUGCUACUGCUGUCGCGCGAUCAUCAAGGGCUACGAGCACUUUGAGCAGCGAGCUGGCUCCGGCGACGGCAAGUGCGUCCUCCACGACGACACCGAGAUGGCCGACUACAACCAGAUCGAGCAAGCUCGCCUUCGUGCGCAAGACGCCCUCGACGCCCGCACUGCCGCCGAUGCCGCCCGCCUUGCCGCCGCCAAGCCGGUCCGAGCGGCGCCCAUCUACCCCGUCGGCCACCCUCUCGCCGCACCCGCAGCCGCCGCACCGCCACUCGCGCCUGCCUUCGCGUUCGGCGCCGUACGCGCCGCCGCCGCCGCACCGGCACCCGCUCCCGCCUUUGUCUUUGGCGCCGCACCCAGGCUCGGCCGCGGCGACGUCGACGGGUUCAUGUUCGGCGCGCCCGCGUUUGCCGCCGGACCUGGGCCUUUCCAGUUCGGUGCUGCCCUGGGCGCUCAGGCAGGAGGCGCACUCUUCCAGAUUGGCGGCUGGGCGGCAGAUGACGGCGGCGACCGGCCCGCACGACGCCGCCGUUGA